AUGAGCGGGGACGCGCCCGGCGAGCCGUCGCUGACCUCCAGGGUCGGGACGUGGUUCGCCGGCGUCUCGUUGUGCACGAAGUCUGUGCUGGUGGUGUGUGGUGGAACCUACAUAUGGAGCCUCUUGGUCGGAUUUGAUGCACUGUACAUGGUGUGCUUCCGCCCAGAGAUCAGCCUGCUGUUGGUCCAAGGUUGA